AUGCGUGUCUAUUUUUCGAGACUUUCAUCACCAGAAAAAGAAAGAGGCGAGAGAAUAGAAGAGAGAAAUUGCAGCGAUUUAAGAGUGACUUCUCCGAUCGAAGACAUGGCUCGUGCUCGUGCUCGUGGCUCCGCUAGAAGGAACUUAGCACCGCUUGAAUUCCUGAACAAAACAUACCAGAUGGUUGAUGAUCCUUCGACGGAUUCUGUUAUCUCGUGGGGCCAAAACGGCAACAGCAUCAUAGUUUUGGAUCCGGAAGAAUUCGCUAGGAACCUUAUUUUCAGGCUUUGCCCACCCGCAUCCUACACCAACUUCCAGUAUUUUACCCUAAAACUUACCGGAUAUGGCCUCAAUAAAGUGGAGCAGUCUGAACAUGAAUGGGAAUUUGCGAACGGAGAUUUUGUGAGAGGCCAUCCUGAGCGUUUGAAGAACAUUAUCGAUAUCUACAGGGCGAGGCUGGAAUCACUGUAUGAAUUGCACUGCAAGCCAACAAUAGAUAGAAUGAGAAGUCAUUGCAGAGCCGGUGGUAGUGCGGUUACAUUCUUUAAGGAGCGUAGGGAGGGAAGGUACAGGGAGUUGAGGGAGGAAAGGGAAAAAGAAGCUUUGGCAAACUCUCUUGAGAACCAGUGCAACGUCUAA